CUUUCCGGUGCCAAUGCUUUUUAAUAACCACGUACCACAAAAUGUCAAAUAAGUAAAUGUAAACAACACACCUGUAAUUUCUAUUUCACUUUUUAUAGAAGUAAACUACAAUAUUUUCUUCAUUUGUACCUAAGAACAUAUUUCCCGGAAUAAGAAUUUCCGUUCUUGCAAGAUGUUCAAAAAUAGCACAAUUGGAGUUCUGCUCCUAGUGCUCGUGCUUGACAGUGCUCUAGGUCUACCUGUGGUCACACAAAAAGCAAAAACAGAGAAGCCAGAAGAUCAACCCAAAGACAGCAACGUGGAGCACUUCGAGAAUGUGAUUGAGUACAACAAAUACUUACAAGAAGUAGUAAAGGUGCUUGAAAGUGACCCCGCCUUUAGGGAAAAAUUGGAUAAGGCAGUAGAAAGUGAUAUAAGGUCUGGUAAAAUCGCCCAGGAGUUGGAGUAUGUGAAUCACAAUGUGCGUUCAAGGCUAGACGAGCUGAAGCGUGUCGAGCUCCAGCGAUUACGUGAGCUAGCCACUAAACAAUUUGAGUUGACGAACGAAAUUGAUCGCGAUCAUAUGAAAAUAGCCGAGCAUCUUGACCACGAAAACCAGCACACUUUUGAAAUUGAAGAUUUGAAGAAACUAAUUCUGAAAACAUCACAAGAUUUGUCUGAGAGUGAUCGUAGGCGAAGGGAGGAUUUCAAGCAGUAUGAACUGCAGAAAGAAUUCGAAAAACAAGAAGCAUUGCGCCAGUUAGAUGAAGAGCAUCGUAAAAAGUACGAGGAAGAGCUGAAAAAGCAACAGGAAAAACACGAAAGUCACGAAAAGAUACACCACCCAGGCAACAAGGCUCAAUUGGAGGAAGUUUGGGAAAAGCAAGAUCACAUGAAUGGUCAAGAUUUUGAUCCAAAGACGUUCUUUAUGUUACAUGACAUUGAUGGGAAUGGAUUCUGGGAUGAAAAUGAAGUGAAGGUACUUUUUAUCAAUGAAUUGAAUAAAAUGUACCAAGCUGGAGCUCCUGAAGAUGACAUGAAAGAAAGAGCGGAAGAAAUGGAACGUAUGCGAGAGCAUGUUUUCACAGAAGCAGAUACAAACAAAGACGGUCUAAUCAGUUAUGAAGAAUUCUUGGAACAAACACGGCGUGAUGAAUUUCAGAAAGAUCCUGGAUGGGAUACUGUAGAUCAGCAGCCGCAGUUCACGCAUGAAGAGUAUCUUGAAUACGAGCGACGGAAUCAAGAACAGAUUCAAAGGCUUAUUGCAGAAGGAAAGUUGCCACCGCAUCCUAACAUGCCACAAGGAUACUACCCAGGACCCAAUGCUGGUCCAUACCAAGUACAUCCCAACGCCAUUCCACAGCAGCAACAGCAACAAUACCACGCACCACAACAAGGACACCCCAAUCAGGUCCCACAAUAUCAUGGGGCGCAACAACCAGGCUAUCCACAACCAGUAAAUCUUCAACCUCAUCAAGUUUAUCAACAUCAUCAAGACUCUAAUUAUCCGCCACAAAACUAUCAACAACACAGUGGCCAGCAAUCAAAUGUAUAUCAACAUCCUCCGCAACAGCCUCAGCAACAAUAUAACCAACCUCCAUCUCAACCACCACCCCAACACGCUCCCGCACAACAAAAUAUAUCUCCUAACAUUCAACCAGCUGCCAAUGCUAUACCACAACAACAGCAACAGAAACCGCAACAACCUACUACACAUACUCCACCUCCACAGGGUCAACAACAGCCACAGUAUAAUAUUCCCAAUAAUAACCCUUCAGCUGCUGGUCAACCAAGCGUACAAACACAGCAGCAACCUUCCGUGCAGGCAUCGAAGCACUAAUCAACUGACAACGCUGUAGAACUGCAAACAAAUAUGUCGGGCAUACCAAAUUUAUCGCUGAUAACUGUUUAUUUAUCAGAACAUAAUAUUAUACAUUUGUGAUCCGGGAAAAAUAUGCUCCCAAAAAGUUUCAGUUUCUACAGUUUACAUCACUAUUUUUACAUUUUUGUACCAACAUUCUAUUAAUUAUGAUCGCAAGAGCCGUUGCUUAUGAGAAUAUGCUAUAUAACUUAAGCUGGUGGCAGUGAAUAAAUGGUUAAUGAAUUUGAGACUGUUGGAAAAUAUCUGAACAAAAAAAAAACAAAAAAAAAGAUUAUGUACUAUUCUUGUAAAGGACAAUUACUACAAUAAAGCGCAUUUCCAUGUAUUCAAUUGAUUUGAAA